GGUCUACGUCCUUGUUGACUCGAAGACUUCUUCACACCUUCGAAAGCUUUACACUACAAACUAUAGCAACAUGUCUCCAGCAAUUGUCCUCGACCCUCCCGCAUCCGAUGCACUCCUUACUAAGACCUCACCUCAGGCUACCAAUGGCAUGACACGAACGACUAUCAAGACGCCGCUGCCAAACCCGUCAUUGCAGGUCACCGCCGAUCAUAAGUUGAAGCAACAAGAGGCACCAGUUUAUGCGCCGGCAAAGGGCGAGGUUCUACUGCACAUUAAAGCGACGGGCGUAUGCGGGUCCGACAUCCAUUUCUGGAGAACAGGAAGGAUAGGCUCGCUCGUCGUUGAGGGAGACUGCAUCCUUGGCCACGAAGCAGCAGGCAUCGUCCUACGAUGCGGUGAAGGCGUCACAAACCUUAGGCCUGGUGACCGCGUAGCAGUGGAGCCCGGUGUUCCCUGUGGCGACUGCUUCAUGUGCAUGGACGGCCGGUACAAUCUUUGCGAAGACGUGCAGUUCGCAGGCGUCUACCCAUACCACGGCACCAUCCAGCGCUACAAAUGCCACCCAGCAAAAUGGUGCCACAAACUGCCCUCGAACGUCUCCUUCGCCGAGGGCGCGCUUCUCGAGCCGUUGUCGGUUGUCAUGCAUGGCAUCAAAUCUGCUGGCUUGAGCUUAGGCAGGGGAGUAGUGAUUUGCGGAGCGGGCCCAAUUGGACUCAUUGCGCUUGCUGCCGCCAGGGCAUCUGGAGCACACCCCCUAGUCAUCACAGAUCUUGAGCCAAAGAGACUGGCGUUUGCAAAGCAGUUCGUCCCUUCCGCUUCCACAUACCAAGUUGAUCGAAACCUCGAUGCACAAGGGAAUGCCAAGAAGAUAAGAGAACUCUUCGAUUUCGAGAAUGUGGGCGAGUAUGGUGCUCCUGAGACGAUCCUGGAAUGCACGGGUGUGGAAAGCAGUGUGAUUACAGCUGCCUAUACGGCACGAAGGGGCGGCACAGUCAUGGUCAUUGGUGUAGGAAGAGACAUCAUGAACAACCUGCCGUUUAUGCAUUUAUCGCUUGCUGAGAUCAAUCUUAAAUUCAUCAACCGCUACCGCGACACCUGGCCCGCUGGCCUACAAUGCCUGUCGGGCGGGAUCCUAGAUUUGAAAGCUCUCGUCAGCCACACGUACCCGCUGGAGAAUGCGCUCGAUGCGCUGCAUACAUGUGGCGAUCUGAGUAAUGGCAGUAUCAAGGUGCAGAUUGUUGAUGAGCAGGAGAAUGUACUAUAACUUCAUGCAUCAAUGAUACCUCAACAAUUUAUGAUCAACUCCUAAUUAAAGCC